AUGGAGCCAUCCACAUCCUCCACGCCAUCACAUUCGAGAAACAACAGCCGUAGCUACAGUGUCCACUUGCACGAGAUCUCGUCCAGCCGAAACAGCAUGGACUUGAUUGAAGGCACUAGUCAAAACUAUGGCAGCUCCGUGAAUGCUCACAUACAGCGACAGAGAUGGGACGCGUUCUUUGAGCCACAGUAUUCAUUUGGCUCUUUUGUGCACGGAUCAAAUCAGCCGCUGGACAAUGCACAAGAACACACCAAGAAUCUAGAUCGGCUCAUUGACGAUGGCAACCAUUUAUUGGAGACGAAUAAAUCACCUAGAUCAAGCACAAGACCUAGCUACGAUGUGUCAAGAGCUUCUACACCCACUGCUGGUAUCAUGACACCUUCUCUACCCUGCCUCGAUAGCAACAGUGCGUCUAUGGACAAACAAAUCUGGGAGCCCCGUGAUGAAAAGACCCUGAUUGAGCGAUUAGAGUUGUUAAAGAAGAUUCGUGCUCAGCCUGAUGCUGAUCCAUCACACGCGGAAGUAAAUGAACAAGAUUUAGGUGAGCACGCUGCUGCUACAACUACAGCUCGUUGGACGCGACAAUUUACAGAAAAAGCCAAGCAGUUUUGCAAAGAAGCACAAGUGGAUAAUACAAGCCUGGCCUCGUCGUCCAGCUCCUCUGAUAUCAGCUGCGAGAAAAAGGCCGUAGGACAAGAUGUAGAGGCUGCUGCUGCAGGAGCAACAGAUGACACAGAGCCCAAGAAGAUUUGCUGCCGUAGAUCAUUUAUAUGUUUCAUGCUCGGAUUCAUCUUCCCUCCCUUGUGGUUAUGGGGCGCAUUCUACAUCUCGUCUUAUGCACAACGACAAACGUCAGCAAGCAAUCGAAUCGAUCAUAUCUGGAGACGUCGCUCUCGCAUUGCAUUUGGUAUCUUCACGGUUGCUCUCAUGAUCAUUCUAGUUGUUGUGUUUGUGUUGAAGCCAGAAGCAGUAGGAUGGAGACAGAGCAAACAACAGCCCCUGGCUUAG